AUGCAGGAAGCCUGUGGACAGCUUUGGAAGGUGGCAGAAGUGCCUGUGAGUUCAGGGCACCAUGAAGAACAGAUUCAACACCAUAGAUAUCCGGGCUGUCAUCUCAGAGCUUCAUGACAGUUUGCUGGGCAUGCGAGUGAACAAUGUCUACGACGUGGAUAACAAGACUUACCUCAUCCGCCUGCAGAAGCCAGACUCAAAAGCCGUUCUUCUGGUGGAAUCCGGGAUCAGAAUUCACACUACAGAGUUUGAAUGGCCCAAGAAUAUGAUGCCGUCCGGGUUCGCAAUGAAGUGCAGGAAGCACUUGCGUUCCAGACGGCUGGUCAGCAUCAAGCAGCUUGGCGUGGACAGGAUUGUGGAUUUCCAGUUUGGUUCAGAUGAUGCCGCUUACCAUCUCAUUGUUGAGCUCUAUGAUAGGGGAAACAUUGUGCUCACGGAUCACGAGUAUCUCAUUCUUAACAUCUUGAGGUUCCGCACAGAUGAAGCUGAUGACGUCAAGUUUGCCGUCAGAGAACAUUAUCCUGUUAGCAAUGCCAAGGCCCCCGAGUCUCUUAUUACCAUGGAGAGGGUUAAAGAGAUUGUAGAAAAUGCUCAGAAAGGAGAGCAGCUGAAGAGGACUCUUAACCCACACCUCCCAUACGGUGCCACACUGAUCGAACAUUGCCUUCUGGAAACUGGAUUGUCUGCUAAUGUCAAGGUUGACCAGAUAACAGGGGAAACAGAUUUCCAGAAAGUUCACCUGGCAUUGCAGAAGGCAGAGGAUUAUAUGGACAAAACGGUGAAUUAUACGGGAAAGGGCUACAUAAUCCAGAAGAGGGAGAAGAAGCCGAGCCUGGAGCCAGAGAAGCCAUCUGAAGACAUUCUAACAUAUGAAGAAUUCCAUCCAUUCCUUUUUGCUCAGCAUAUAAACAGUCCCCAGGUGGAGUUUGAUUCCUUUGAUAAGGCUGUUGAUGAAUUUUACUCCAAGCUGGAAGGUCAGAAGAUUGAUAUCAAAGCUCUUCAUAUGGAAAAACAAGCUCUUAAAAAGUUGGAAAAUGUCCGUAAAGACCACGUGCAGCGCCUGGAGACACUGCAGAAUACUCAGGAAAUUGACAGAGACAAAGGAGAGCUGAUUGAAAUGAAUCUGGACAUUGUUGACCGAGCAUUGCAGGUCGUACGCAGUGCCCUGGCCAAUCAGAUAGACUGGACGGAGAUUGGGCAGAUUGUGAAGGAGGCGCAGUUGCAGGGGGACCCUGUUGCUUGUUGCAUCAAAGAGCUGAAGCUGCAGACUAAUCACAUUACCAUGCUGCUUAAGAACCCGUACAUACUUUCUGAAGAGGAGGAUGAAGAUGAAGAAGAGGAGAAGCCAGAGGAGCCAAAAGGAAAGAAGAAAAAGGGUAAAAAUAAACAACAGCCAAAGAAGACUCCGAAAAACAAACCAGUUCUGGUGGAUGUGGACCUCAGCUUGUCAGCAUACGCCAAUUCCAAAAAGUACUACGAUCACAAGAGGAACGCUGCAAAGAAAACGCAGAAGACGGUGGAAGCUGCAGAAAAGGCAUUCAAGUCUGCAGAGAAGAAAACCAAACAGACACUGAAGGAGGUGCAGACCGUCACCACAAUUCAGAAAGCCAGGAAGGUGUACUGGUUUGAGAAGUUUUUAUGGUUUAUAAGCUCUGAGAACUACCUUGUAAUAGCUGGGCGAGAUCAGCAACAGAAUGAGAUGAUUGUCAAGAGGUAUUUGCGGCCAGGAGACCUCUAUGUUCACGCAGACCUGCACGGAGCGACCAGCUGUGUCAUUAAGAACCCUACAGGUCAUCCGAUUCCACCUCGUACCCUCACAGAGGCUGGCACCAUGGCAGUUUGCUAUAGUGCUGCUUGGGACGCCCGAGUUAUUACCAGCGCCUGGUGGGUUCAUCACAAUCAGGUGUCCAAAACAGCGCCAACUGGAGAAUACCUGACAACAGGAAGCUUCAUGAUCAGAGGAAAGAAGAAUUUCCUCCCUCCUUCCUACCUGAUGAUGGGAUUUGGGUUCCUUUUUAAGGUGGAUGAGACGUGCGUUUGGAGGCAUAAAGGGGAGCGCAAGGUGAAACUGCAGGAUGAGGACCUGGAAAGUGUGACGGGAAGUAACUCGGAGCUUGCAGCAGAAGAAACUGAGGCCUUAGAUGGAAGCGAUGACAGCAGUGAGGAGGAUGAAGAAGAGAGAGAGCAAGAUAUAGAUCUCAAAGAUAAUGUUCUGGAAGAUGAUUCUGCAGCUGAGAUCAAAGAGACAUCCAACCAUGAGGAUGUGCACUCUGAAGAGGACAGUGAUAAUGACAGCUUAGAUUCCACAGAAGACAACAGUACAGUGAAAGAGGAGGAUGGAGAAGAAGACAUGGCCUUCCCCGACACCUCCAUAGAUCUCUCCCAUCUUCAGACAAAGAGGAGCAUGACCAAGACAGCAGCUGCAGAGCCUGCACACCUCCCGCCAGCGAAUGACAAGUCCGCCAGUCACAAGCAUUUAUCGGCUAAAGAAAGACGCGAACUGAAAAAGAAAAAGAAACCAAAUGAUUCAGAAGAAUCCCAACAGCUGGAAGAUGCAGAGAAGAUGGAUGUGACUGCUGCCAAGGCUGCGCCACAAGCGGGCGCAUUGCUGCCGCCAGUGAAGAGAAGACAAAAGAGUAAAAUGAAGAAGAUGGAGAAAUAUAAAGAUCAAGACGAUGAAGAGCGAGAACUUAUCAUGCAGUUGUUGGGGUCUGCAGGGUCUAACAAGGAGGAGAAGUUGAAGAAGGGGAAGAAAGGGAAAGAAAAGGAGGAAACCAAAAAGAAACAGCAGCAGAAGGGAAAAGGGGGCAAAAAGCCUGGGAAAGAAUCUGGAGGGUCCACUGAGGUCUUUAUAACGCAGAAUUUAGAAGAAAUGACCUUAGAGGAGCAGCCGGAGGAGAAGGAUGAUGCCGAUCAGGACGGUCCAGGAUCAGAGGAAGCAGAAAAUCUUUUGGACUCGUUGACUGGUCAGCCAGAUGCAGAGGACAUCCUGCUGUUUUCUGUGCCAUUCUGUGCACCUUACACUGCCUUGGUCAAUAACAAAUAUAAAGUUAAAUUAACUCCAGGAACACAGAAAAAAGGAAAAGCUGCGAAGACGGCACUGAACAGCUUCAUGCAUUACAGGGAUUGCUCCUCUAGAGAGAAAGAUUUAUUACGCAGCGUGAAGGACACAGAUUUGUCCAGAAACAUGCCAGGAAAGGUGAAAGUAUCAGCUCCUAAUCUACUUAAUGCUAAAAAGAAAUGAGUGUCGUAUCAAAGUGAUUGUAUAUAUGUACAUUCUGAAUUCCUCAGGGGCAGCAGAAAA